UUUUCCUGUUCAAGAAGCAGCCAUGAGGUAGGACCGCCGUCGAUAGCGGAGCAAAAAGCACUAAUUUAACUGCCCAAAUACUCAUUUCACACGUCAAAAUCCUCCAAUUGAAAGCAUGCUCAGGCUCCAGAAGAGGCUGGCCUCCAGCGUGCUGCGCUGCGGCAAGAAGAAAGUCUGGUUGGACCCCAAUGAGACCAACGAGAUCGCCAAUGCUAACUCUCGCCAGCAGGUCCGCAAACUGGUCAAGGAUGGUCUCAUCAUCCGCAAGCCCGUCACGGUCCACUCCAGGGCCCGCUGCCGCAAGAACACUCUGGCUCGUCGCAAGGGAAGACACACGGGCAUUGGUAAGAGAAAGGGUACGGCCAACGCCCGUAUGCCCGUGAAGCUGUGUUGGAUGCGCCGUAUGAGGAUCCUGCGUCGCCUGCUGCGUCGCUACAGGGAGUCCAAGAAGAUCGACAGGCACAUGUACCACAGCCUCUACCUGAAGGCCAAGGGUAACGUGUUCAAGAACAAGCGCAUCCUCAUGGAGCACAUCCACAAGCUGAAGGCCGACAAAGCUCGCAAGAAGCUCCUGUCUGACCAGGCUGAGGCUCGCCGCACCAAGACCAAGGAGGCCCGCAAGCGCCGAGAGGAGCGCCUCCUGGCCAAGAAGGAGGAGAUCAUCAAGAACUUGUCCAAGGAGGAAGAGAGCAAAAAGUGAUCGGUGCACAAUGGCGUGUAGUGCCUGUGUGGAGUGCUGACAAUAAAAGUGUACAGAAAGACAA